AUGGAUGCUCCACCCCCCACGCCAUCGUCUAGCACACUUGAACCACUUGACGCUGGUGAUGGUGUCUAUCCAUAUGCAACAACUAAUAGUCUACAAUUGCUCACGCCCGAGAUGGAUGCUCCACCCCCCGCGCCGUCAUCUAGCACCAGCAAACCACUUGAUGCCGGUGAUGACGUCUACCCUGUAAUCCCUUACUCCGCCCAACUCGACUCUUUAUACAACCCGCCAGUUCCCCAGAUGCUGGCAGGGGUCCUUCGGCCACCUGAGCCAACAGCUCCGAUGGCUGCCCUCGCUAUCCCAUCCACGAUUGCUGCCCCUGUUGCUUCACGGCCAAGCACACUGGUCCCUUUGUCACUCAAGUUUGUUGCUAUGCAGCCAGGAAUUACUGCUAGCGGAGUUGCACCAGCGGCCCCUGCCAUCUUUCCUGGUCCUGCUGCUGUGCAGCCAACUACACCAGCCCUCAUUAACGUCAAUUCCCUUGUCAAAAAACAGAUCCUCAAUUCUGCAAAAAGAAGAAUCUUACGAUUCUUCUUGACGGCAUCUGCAAUGGCCGGUACUGAUGGUGAGAGGGCGGCGCUUGUUUCUCGCGAUUUCAGAGUCGUCAUGCCAGGUAUGAAUGUUACAAUCCGAACGACAAGUAGUGAACGUCAGCAGGUGACAGCCGCCUGGAACGGCUGUUUUCGGAAGCUAUUGGACAUGGUACGGAGUUGUCUCGCCUUGGGCUACACUUUCUACCCCCCGCUAGAGUCCAAUCUCCAACCAGUCCAAUUUCGGGGUCGUGUCAUAACCGCAUUGAUUAACGACACGUUUACGGUCGACGCAAGCGGGCAUGUCACCAUACUUGACGGGGUUCUCGACAAUCCCCUGAUUUUUCAUGUUGCCGUUCAAUUCAUAUGGUGUAGCGACCUCGGUAUCUCACAAUUCCUCUCCACCUCGGCGUUACAUCGACAUCAACAACUCAACUACGCCUUUGGUGCUAUUGGUGCAGCUGUGAAAUUAGCGCUGCGGGAGCAGAUUCCCCAUCCACCAGUCAUCCUGCCAUUCACGCAACACGAAGGGAGUGAGACAUUCGAGGACAUUGUGCGCUACAUUGGCAACAUGGACGGUGUCCAGAGAAUUGCGUUCGACUAUCGGAAAUCUCAUAUGUUAAGCAUUGGGGACUCGCAG